AUUUAAUUGGUAAAAAAACGUUAAAUGCACUCCAACUGUUUGUUCAAAGUCCUACAAUGGCAACUAAUGUGCAUUUUCUCCUUCUAUAAUAUAGUCUGUAUUGAUGUAAUUGUUUAAUUCGAUUUCGUUUUUGUUAAGCCAAGGUUGUUGAACAAGAUUCUGGUUUUGUUCUUAAUUUUAUGUCGUUGCCACGAACAAAACUCAAGAUUUGGCCAUCAAGUCUUUGAUCAUAUCCCCUAUAAAUUGUUGGUGGUCUUUCGAGUACAUGUAUAGGUUUGUCUUCAAAAAGAUACGUACGAAUUGCAUCGACGGUGGUCGAAAGAUCUUACAAUCUUCAAUCUGUACGACAAACUUUAACCCUAUCUGUGGAGAUUUUCGUCCUGGUGCUGCAGAAGGCUUAAGGGACAAAGCUAGAAGUGCAUUCCAAACUAGAUACCGAUCUUCAACAAAUAUGGUAACAAACAUGGAACAUUCGUCAAAGGUUUCAGAAAAUGAAGUUGAUCAUGUUGAUAUGCUGAAUGCCUCAUAUGAUGCUUAUGAAGGAGUUACUGUCAACAUUAAAAACAACAUGGAUGAAAAUGUCUUUACAACUCUACUUCAAACAUCAAUAUCCCAAUGGAGGCAGCAGGGAAAGAAGGGAGUUUGGCUUAAACUGUCUCUUGAACUUGUAAAUCUUGUUAAGCCUGCAGUGAAGGAAGGAUUUUGGUAUCAUCAUGCGGAACCAACAUACUUGAUGCUCGUCUAUUGGAUUCCUGAAACUAAUUGUACGCUCCCGUAUAAUGCUUCCCAUCGAGUUGGUGUUGCUGCUUUUGCCUUGAACAGCAAGGGGGAGGUUCUUGUAGUGCAAGAGAAAACUGGACGCUUCAAAGGCAAAGGGAUCUGGAAAUUACCAACCGGUGUUGUUGAGGAGGGUGAAGAUAUAUGUACAGCUGCAAUAAGGGAAGUGAAAGAAGAGACUGGAAUUGAUACAGAAUUUGUUGAAGUCCUUGCAUUCAGGCAAUGCCACAAGUCAUUCUUUAGCAAGUCUGAUCUAAUGUUUGUGUGUAUGCUAAAACCAACAUCUCAUGAUAUCGAAAAGCAAGAUUCAGAGAUUGAAGCAGCUCAGUGGAUGCCAGUUGAAGAAUAUGCCAAUCAGCCCUUUGUAAAGAAGCAUGAAUCCUUUGAUCGCAUUGCUAAGAUAUGCAUGGGAAAGAAAGAUGACAAAUUUGUUGGGUUCACUGCAUUGCCUACAUCAACUGCUACAUCUGCCAAGAAGAGCUAUUUGUAUUCCAAUUAUCAGGAACACUUGUCUGAUUCUUAAAUUCAAUACGCAUCUUAUCUAAACAUCUUAAUAGUUUUUAUAGGACUUAACUUGUACAUCAUAUUAAUAGUGUCUGAUUGUAAAAAGACGUGUUUAUAUCUGAUAUAUAUUUGUUGUAUAAA